CACUCACGCGUCUAUUGGGAAGUGAUUGUCGAUGCCGAAAAGUGUGCCGUAGUGCGUGAAACGCGGAAAAGUGUGAAUUAAAGGCGGCCAAAUGGAGAACGAAAACAAGCUGUCAAGUGGUUCUUUCUCGAAGAACGAGUAUGAGAGUGAUUCGGCGCACGAUGAGGAGAUGUCUGAGUAUUCUGACGGACAGAAUGGGGACGAGGAAGGCGGAGAGAGAAGCAAGGGAAAGACGAGGUGGACGAAAUAUGAGGAUAUCGCACUGAAGAAUCUUGUGGAUACGUACGGUGAAAAUUGGUCUGUGGUGGCGAAGCAGAUGAAGGAUCGAACAGAUGUUCAGUGCCAGCAGAGAUGGUCAAAAGUUGUGAAUCCGGAAUUGAUUAAAGGUCCAUGGACAAAGGAGGAAGACGACAAAGUUGUUGAACUCGUCUCGAGGUACGGGCCGAAGAAGUGGACCUUGAUCGCUCGUCACUUGAAAGGGCGCAUCGGAAAGCAAUGCCGUGAGCGGUGGCAUAAUCAUUUGAAUCCAUCCAUCAAGAAGACCGCCUGGACGGAUGAAGAGGACAAUAUAAUCUAUCAGGCGCAUCAACAAUGGGGUAAUCAGUGGGCGAAGAUUGCUAAACUUCUGCCUGGGCGCACGGAUAAUGCGAUCAAGAACCACUGGAACUCAACAAUGCGUCGCAAGUAUGAGAGCUCAAGUGAUUCAAUGAAGAGAUCUCGUCAUGGAGGCAAAAAGAUGUCUUUGCGCGCUCUCAUCACCACCAAUCGCAAAUCCUUCAUCCAGAACUGCAAGAAGAGCGAAGCUGUUGGAUUGUCUGGUGAUGGUGACCAGAUAGCCAUCUCCACGCAAAAGGGGGACUUUCUGCUUGAGGCCAUUCGCAGCAAGGGAGAUUCAGGAUUCAUAAUGUCGCCGAUCCUCAAUAAGAAUGAAAGUCGAUCAUCGUUCAUACUUUCACCAGCCAGAGGGAUGCAAUCGUCCAAAUAUCAAUAUGAAUACAUGGAUUCCCUUCAAAUUCCACUUUCUCUGGACGAUUUGCUGGAAUCGCCUAAGCAGAGCUACAAGAAGCUGACCGACAAUCCACCGUCAAUCCUUAAGAGGUCCAAGAAGAGGCGCUUUUCCGAGGAAAAUGUGAAACAUUUAAGUAACAUGAAUCAAAUGGAUGAUGUUAAAGCGUCGGAAUCGCCAUCGGUGACACCCAUAAAACCUCUCCCAUUCUCACCGAGUCAAUUUCUCACUUCACCCUGUAUGAAUUUGUCCCUUGACAUUAAACUUCCGGCUAGUACACCUGUUCGAAACAGUAGAAGAGAUGAAAAGGAUGAAGAAAAUGCUGCUCUAACUACACCACCGCCAGAUGAGAAACAGCGUGAUGAUGACUUUUCUGCAGACGAAAAAGCCAAGAAGGGUGAAAUUGAUGGUGUGAAUGUUAAGAUUGAAGGCAAAAGUACUGGAAAAUCUGGAAGAUUUCCAGGAACUAAUCCACGCACUCCAACACCCUUCAAGAAAGCCCUGGCUGAGCUUCGGCGUCAGAAUACAGAUUCAUACGUGCCACCGAGUCCUGGACGACUUGUUGAGGAUAUUGUGGAGAUGAUGCACAAGGAGCAAAUGCAAGAUUCCACGGACAGUGUUUACGAAGGCACUGAGGCUUCUGUCAAAGCGUCUACAAGUACUGCUGCUGAUGAGUCGAAGGAGAAUUCUCAGGGGAUACGCAAAGUGAGAAAAUCUCUCGGAAGCGCUUGGGAGAAUUCAGCAGAUAUACCUUAUAUGGCAGAGACUCCGAGCAAAUCCCUUAAUUCUGAUUCUGGUGUGCUUUUCUCGCCGCCAAGCAUAAUGAAGAAUACUUUGGGCGAUUCUGAACUGCUGAUGGACAGCCAAAUGGAUGAUGAUGAGGAUUCAUCGAAGAAGAGCGGCUAUCAGCCAUCGGUGAAGCGUUGCAUUAAGUUUGAGGGACAAAAAACUAAGGGCGACCAAGAUGAGAAUUCUGAGAAAAGUGAUGAGACAAAGAUGAUUCUGGAUCCGAAGUGGGAAAAGUACGCCUUCGGCAAGACCAAAGAUCAGGUGUUUAUGACUCAUCAUGCUCACGUUAUGCUGAAGAGAGGUCCAACUUUGCUGCCUCGUUCCCUGAACUUCUACAAGCAACAAGAGCCGAUCAUGAUGUACUAA